CGAUCUGGGGGUGAUCCUCUCGGGCUCCGCCGCCCGCGCUUUCAUAUUAAUUGAGGAUCGGCUUUGCGGCCAGAUGGCGGGGAAACGUCGGGACCCUUUGUGCGCCCCAAGCGCGCCAGUGAAUGUCGCGCAGUCGUUGGCACCGGAAGGGUUCACACUGUGUGUGAAAGGGGACAAAGGGGGCUGGAUAUAUCAACAACGCAGAAACCGAGUUCAUUUGUCAUGCAGCCCCUUUCAGCGCAGUUGUCAUGCAAACUUCCUUCUUUGAUCAGCAGAGGGUGGAGAGAGAGAGAAAGCGCGCAAAGCCGCGGCCCGCCGAGCGCCCUUGGCGGCUCCACGCCCCUUCCGGAAGGAGCCGCAGGGACCCGGCCUCCUGCACCUUGACCCGUCUAGACGCCGUACCAGGUUUUGUCUCGGUUUCCAAGGGCGCGGGGUGCUCUUUGACCCGCGCCCGGGGCGGAGGUGGUGGCACGGAGCCCUGCGCGCCCCGGCAGGUCCCGGAAGGAGAGGGUUCCCGGGACGCGCGCCCGCUGUUCCUAGAGGUUCCCCUGGCCCAGUCCGAGGCGUUCCUCAUCGACCUUUUGGAUAAAGUGUGUGUACGAAUGAACGAUUACCAGCUGGAGGACGACCCAGUGACCAAGCAGAAGUAUUUCAGGAGAUAUGCUCCGAGGAAGGGAGACAAAAUAUACAAAGAAUAUAAAAAGUUCUUCUUUUAUUCCGAUGCCUUCAGACCUUUGAAAUUCGCGUGUGAAGCCAUCAUUGAAAAGUAUGAGGAUGAGAUAUUCGCACUUAUCGCCCAGGAGGCAAACCAUCUAGCUGAUAUGCUGUGCAGUGAAAAAUCAGAUCUGUGUGGCACUCCUACCAACAGUCCUGAACCCUAGGUGUGAGAGGAGUGGAGUUGGCCUACCAGGUCACUUUGCAUCUCCACAUCGCGUGACUGCCGAGAUAAGGAAGUUCAUCUUCUGUCUGCUGUUCUUGUCUCAUGCGUGAUAUUGGUUUGAAAAUCUCUUGCUUGGCAUUGUGACAAACCCCAAGUCUUCUCUUAGGUGAGGAAAAGUUUAUAAGACAGAACACCCCUCUGCAUAUUUGAGUGGAAGCCGGGCUGGCAAUAGAGCAGUAAAUCUGGCUGAGGGAAAAGGGUGAAGCUAUUUCCUGAAGUCAGUAGGGAAUUAAGGGUGGGUCCGAGCAAAUGCACCUGACACGUCCAUACGUGGCUUGCAGUUUCAGAAGAACUCAGUUUGAUUUCUCAAAUUCUUGAUCAGCCACGAAUUCAAGGCAUUCAGUUGCAACUAAUGCCAUGGGUUGGUUAUUCUGGAAGGUUCUGUGUGGUACUUUUAAAGCCACCCCUCUCAAUCAGAAAUGGGUCUUACAGAUCUGGAAACUCUUAUAUUUUAGAACUUUAUCCCUAAGAUUCAAUAGAACUGAUAAAAGAGUGAAUACUUCUCACAGUGGAAUGGCCAUCAUAUCAGGGUUUCCUGGCCCCAAGUUCAGAUGAUUCCAAAGGUUAUCAUAUAAUGGGUUUCAAAAGAUUCCACACUGAACACAUUUUUGUCUUGCUUGAAUCUCUCUUGGUUUGUUUUCCCCUUACUGAUUAUAGUGUGUAAAUUUUUCUACUGGCUGAUUUGUCUCUCUUCUAUGGGACUUUUAUUUAUGUAUUUAUUUUUGGAUGUGGAGGGAAAUUAACCUUUACCACAUUUACUGUAACAAAAUGUAAUAACAUUUUCUCCUAGGUGUUCUCAUUGUCUCUGCUAAAUUUGCAUUCAGUAGAAUUGAACUUUAAUUAUUCAGCAUGUGUGGGUACAGGUUACACCUGUUUAAUUAAAGAAAUUAUCAUGAUUGUCAUUGAAACUUGUAUGAAUAACAGGCAGACGGUUUACCAGAAGAGCUAAAAUGAUUGUUUAUAAAACCAUCCAGAAAAGACACUAUUUAGGUCAUGCAUUGGACUCCUUGGCCAGAAUAAUCCCUAUAUUUGCAAAAUUUUACCAACAUAAAAGGAAGAUAUUUCUAUAUUUUUCCUUCCCCUUAGUCUUAAGUCUUAAUGUCACUUGUUUAUCUGGGAAUCUGAGAAAGUAUGUGCUUUUGCAAUGUGUCUGCCUAGUUGUAUUAUAGGUCCUCUGUAAGCCUGAGAUUCUGUGCUCCAAAUGGACAAGGAAGAAGAGAUACAAUAGGUGAUGCUACCUCCCAGCAGGGGAGAAAAAUGUUAUUUAAAGCAUAUUCCAAGCUAUAGUAGAGAUGUCACAAAAAGAGAGGAGGGGACCUGGUCCUUGUAUCUUAUUUCUGUAACCUGUAAGAGUAACUCGGCAUUUGAGGUAGGAAAUCUUUUUAGCAUUGUCUUACUUGGGCUCUAUUAGGAAAUACAUGCUAGGGUCCCAUUUCUUACGAUUCUCACUGAUGGGAACAAGGCUGAGAGGGUUUUGGUUAUCAGGCUGCUUAUCACCUGCCAGGACCUUGGUGCAGAUGGAUCGUCAGACUCUCGGCUCUCCAAAUUGUCCUAGAUUUCUCACUAAACAAGGUCUUAGACCUUACCAGUGGUUUGGGUAACUCAUGACUCAUAUUUUUUUUUAAAUUUUUUUCCAUAUCAAGCCUGUUGAGUUCAUGUAAAUGCCUAUAGCAUACUGAGUUGCUGAUUAAACUUGGUUCGAUUGAGAAUUACUUGGAGCCACUUUCUCUCUGCCUGUUUCCUGUGAGAUGCCUGCUUUGCUGGGAAGUAGCCAUAGGAGAGAGAAGCUGUACUGGCUGCCAUUCUCCUGACACCAAAUACAAAGUAAGAUGAGAAGCCAGGGAGAACCACUCGCCAUUAAAAACAAAUGAAAGAAACACCCAAGGGGCAAGAUGAAAAUGUCUUAGACUUAACAAAAAUCAUCUAAAUCUGGUUCAAAAAGUUAAUAACAACAACAACAUUAAAGUUCCUUGGAAGUCGGGGUGAAUAAUAAAAGUCAGGAAGAGGAAACUUGCGUUAGCGGAAGCAUGCAAACCUUGCUUGAACCCGUGUCCUCACAUCUGCACAGCAAACUGGCCAGAACAAGUGCUCAUCUUUAUUCUGCAAGUUGCUGUUUGCUAAGAACAAGCCAAGACGGCUGAGCCCACUUCACUAGAGAGUACAGGGCAGAACCGAGCCAAAGUCCCAACAGGAAACAUCCACUCUUACUGAGGCAAGUCCUAAGACAUAGCGAAAGCAGGAGCAGGGACAUGCUUCUCCCCUCCUACUGUGUUAUUCUUACACAUAGUUCCAUGUAACAACAAGAAUAAAAGUUUAACUGUGUAUCAGUCUCAAAAUUCAGAUUAUGGUAGGAUAUUGGGGGAAGUCAAUCUUAUAUAUGUUUGUUGGUCUGCUCUUAAACUUAAUCCAAACUUGUGAACUAAUCUUAGAGUUAGAAAUGUUAAAGGCCCAUCAGUAACAUGUGGCACCAUUUGGUAACUACAUACAGUGAAGAACAUUAAAUUAUUGCAAGAAAAC